AUGGGGGACGCCGGCGGCCAAAGGAUGGAGGGCGAGGCGGGAUGGAACGGGGGCCCGGAGAGGAAGAAGGUGGCGCUGAUGCGGGAGUAUGUAGAGAGGGAGGAUCCCGCCGCCAAGGUGAGCGCUUCAUCUCCCCCAACCAAACCCCUUCCUGCUCUUCGGAGAGCUACCCUCUUCUGUUUCCUCUACGCUCCCGCUGAUUUCUCACCUCCUCUCUGAUUUCCCUGGAAGUCGGAUUCCCUUCUCCUGUUCACGAUCCUCGCAUCUCGCAUGUGAGAGGGAUUUCUCUCCGAAAUCCGCCUAGAUCAGAAGGGAUCACGUAGGUUUCCAUCCACAUCCGAGAAAUCUGUUCAGCGCCUAAGGAUCACAAAUAGCUGCUCGAUCCAUCCACUCCCGGGGAACCAAAUAUCUCCUGCUUCUACCCUCUGAACCUCUUCUAGUGCUCAGAUUCUUACGGCUUCUGUGACUCCUCUCCACCUGAGCAAGGCGACGCAGAAGCCUAAACCUGUUCUUGGUCUGGUGAAACAUCUCUCAUCUGAGCUGAUGAAAUAAUAUACAUCAUUCGUUUCCGAAACUAAAUCAUUCCUGCAACAUGAUAAAUCUUUCCAUGUAUUUAUUUAUUUAUUUAUUUCAUUGCAAAGGCUCCAUUUUUAUUCCUGUUUGAAUCUGGGUUCCCUUCUUCAGGACGUGGAUGAUCUGACGCUCCGUAGAUUCUUGCGCGCUCGUGAUCUGGACAUCAGCAAGGGCUCUUCGCUGUUCCUCAAGUACCUGAAGUGGAGGAAGACGCAGGUCCCCAGAGGCUUCAUCUCGGAGGCAGAGGUCCAGCAUGAGCUCUCCCAGGAGAAGCUCUUCUCCCAGGGGUUCGACAAGACCGGUCACCCCAUCGGCGUCAUCUUCGGCGGCCGCCACGACUACUCCAAGCGAAAUAUCGAGGAAUUCCGACGUAAGGGUUUGCAGAAACCUUUUAAAUCUGCUUACAUAUGUUUAUAUUUAGAAGUUUUCCAGUGAGGGAGGGAUGAAUCGAUCUGAUCUGUUUAUGGCCCCUCUGUUCAUCUCAGGCGUGGUCGUCUAUGGGCUUGACAAGCUAUGCACGAGGUUAGUGAGAGAUCUUCAUCUGCCAUGCGUAUCAUGAACGAGAAUUCCUCCGUUGAAAACGGAUUAAAUCCGAUAAAAUUUUGACCUGGGUUUGAAGGAACAUUUCUCGAGCAUAUAAACACGAGUUUUUAGUAGCUUGCCAUGAUGAUGACGAUGAUCUAAGAGAGAGAGAGAGAGAGAGGGUCUGCUCGGUUUUCCUCGAUCUUAUGAAAGGACCUUCGAUCUCAUGGUUUGACUUCCUGUGAUGCAGAAUGCCGGUGGGGAAGGAGAAGUUUGUGUUCAUCGGAGAUCUCGAGGGCUGGUGCUACGCGAAUUCUGAUAUACGGGCAUAUCUUGCCGCUCUGGAGAUCAUGCAGGUCUGGUUUUUUUUCUUUUUUCAUAUGAAUCUCCGUAAAAAAUUCCUUUUUGGGAAAAACGACGAAGAACUCCGAGCAAUCUGCCCGCCAAGAUCUGGUGAAUGACGAAGAAAUCCCCUCGUUGACGAUGGCAGAAUUACUACCCGGAGCGGCUCAAGAAGGUGUUCAUGAUCCACGUGCCGUCCAUGUUCAUGAAGGCGUGGAAGAUUAUAUACCCAUUUAUAGACGACAACACCAAGCAGAAGGUAUUGCUACUACUAACCAAGAACACCCACCACCCAUUUACCAGAUUUAUCGAUUCGGUCAACUACUUGCUGUCUGAAAGUAGACAGGGGAUCAGAUUGUCAGAGAACGGGGAUAAUAUCUGAGCUUUUUUCACGUGAUCGUCUUUUUAAUGCAGAUCGUCUUUGUGGACGACAAGAAUCUGAAAGCAGCUCUGCUCGAGGACAUCGAAGAGAGCCAGAUUCCUGACAUAUACGGAGGCAAGCUCCCGCUUGUCCCUGUCCAGAACACCUGA